AUGACCGAAGAAGUUGAAACGGUAGAUUUGACACCACAAACAAAAAGUUCAGAACCAUUGUCAAAACCUGUCAAAGAACUUACAGAUGAAGAGAAAAAUUCAAUAAUAGAAAGUGCCAGGUCUGGAAAUACAAACCCUAACUACAAAGUCACUUUUCAUAGAAAUGGAACGGCUAGUAUCUCAAAAAAGAAACAGACUCUCACAAAUAAAAUAUUGAAGUCUGAAGGAGCUUUCGAGACAACAGAUGGAAAAGUUACUUCACUGACCAACAGUUCAUUAUAG